AUGGAGAGUCAGAGAGUUCAGUCCUCGUACAGGAAGCGUUUCGGGCCCCAGUACUCACCCGGCAUGGGUACAGGGCUCCGAAUUGGCAGCCUCCCCUCCAGCCGCCUUUCCUGGCAUGGAAGCCCUCGCCACGUAACCCACUCCAGCCCAGUGUCCCGGCUCUCCCUGGGCUCGGCCAGUGGAACCCUGAUCCUGGGGAGUCCUGCAGACCGACUGGACUUUUCAGCAGACUCCUUGAUGAAGGCCCAGUACAAGGAAACACGCACCAAUGAGAAGGUGGAGAUGAUGGGUCUCAACGAUCGCUUUGCCAGCUACAUCGAGAAGGUGCGCUUCCUGGAGCAGCAGAACAAGGUGCUGGUGGCAGAGGUGAACCAGAUGAAAGGGAAGGAGCCAAGCCGUCUGGGAGACAUCUACCAGGAGGAUCUCAGAGAGCUGCGCAGGCAGGUGGAUGGCCUCACCGCCGGCAAGGCCCGCCUGGAGAUCGAGAGGGACAACCUGGCUGGAGAUCUGGCCACCCUCAAGCAAAGAUUGCAAGAUGAGAUGGGCCUCCGGCAGGAUGCAGAGAAUAGCCUGAAUGCCUUCAGACAGGAUACAGAUGAGGCAGCGCUAAACCGUGUCCAGCUGGAAAGGAAGAUCGAUGCCAUGCAGGAUGAGAUCAAUUUCCUCAAGAAGAUUCAUGAGGAGGAACUGCGUGAACUUCAGGAGCAGGUACUGGCCCAGCAGGUCCAUGUGGAUCUGGAUGUGUCCAAGCCAGACCUGACAGCUGCUCUGAGGGACAUUAGGGUCCAGUAUGAAGCCGUGGCCACCUCAAAUAUGCAGGAGACAGAGGACUGGUACCGAUCCAAGUUUCUUGACCUGACGGAUGCAGCCAACCGCAAUGUGGAGGCAUUGCGCCAGGCGAAACAGGAGGCCAAUGAGUAUCGCCGUCAGAUCCAAGCAGUGACAUGUGACUUGGAAGCCCUCCGUGGGACGAAUGAGUCUCUGGAGCGACAGCUGCGUGAGAUGGAGGACCGCUUUGCCACAGACACGACUGCUUACCAGGACACUGUUAACCAUCUGGAGGAAGAUAUUCAAGCACUUAAGGAGGAAAUGGCUAGACACCUGCAGGAGUAUCAGGACCUCCUUAAUGUCAAACUGGCUCUGGAUAUUGAGAUUGCCACUUACAGGAAACUGCUGGAGGGAGAGGAAAGCAGGAUCACUGUUCCUGUCCAGAGCUUUUCCAACCUGCAGUUCAGAGAAACUGAUUUGGAAACAAAACCCCCCGGCGCCCACGUGAAGAGGAGUAUCCUGGUUCGAACCGUUGAGACUCGAGAUGGGGAGAUCAUUAAAGAAUCAACAACUGAGCACAAGGAUCUCCCUUAAUCUCCAGACCAACCCGCCUGGCCUGCUGCCGUCUUCUCUUCAGUCAUUCUUUAAGGAUUUAGGUGCUUACUACAACUUUUUCUUGUUUUCAGACCCCAAAGUUAAUUUUUCACACCGUUGCCUCAGAAUUUUUAUUCCCUUUAUGAUUACCCACCAGUCAGAUGCUUUACUAUGAUAUGACCACAGUCGAACCAUUGCCCUAGAGUCAAAAAGAUCCAUACUUUUUGUACAGCCGUUAUUAACUUAGGAAUAGAUUCUUGGCCAGUCACCAUAAAUGAUCAGUUGACCCUAUUCCAGUAACAGCAUAUUGUAAACAGGUAGCCUGCUUUAGUUUUAAACGAUGUUGUGACAGAUAGGAUUCUUAUCAAUGUCUUGGAAUAGUUGCCACAGAAAAGACCUUGAAAUGUUGUAGUUGUGUUCAGCUGGCGGUGGGCCGAAGUUCUGUGGUUGUUGUGUAUGUGUAAUGGGAGUCAGGAUGGUAUGUCGUUAUGGAUGAUCCUAUGAAUGUAAAAUUGGCACUUUUAGUAAAAUCGCAAGUGAUGUUAGACUGGCCUUACCCUCCCCCACUUCUAUUCAGUCACCUCUGUCCCCCAUUUGUAAAAAAAAAAAAAUCCCUCAUCACUUCAUCUCCACCCUCCAACAUCCUUAAUAUGAGCUGUUAUUCACUGUGUCCAUAUGAUAGCGCCAUUUUCCAAAUACAGUGCCCUCUUUGAUAAGUCAACCUCUUGUUUUGACACCGGAGCAGUGUUGGGCAUGGCCACUUGAGUUUCUGAGGUGACAGGGGACAUAGCAAAGGUGAGGAAGAGGAGUGCUGGGCAGCAGGGAUGUGACCUUUACCCCACAACCUCCAGUUCAAACCCCUCCUUGGCCAAACUGUGGAGUGUUGGAGUGAUAGUGCAGGGGGCCGCAGAGGCAGCAGAGGGUGUGGAAGAUAACGGUGUGCUGCUGCAGCUGCUGGGCUGAACUACACCUGUCUCCAUGACCAAAAGCUCUUUAUUAUGCCCCGAGGGGGGUAGAGAGGAGGUGGAGUGAUGGAUGUCAGUAUUCCACACACCCACUCCUCUUAAAACCCUGUUGAGUUGAACCUGCUGACAACCCCGUCGCUAAUUAAUAUUGCUUUGUUAAAGCAUCAGGAUGCUUAGUGCAUAUAGGAGUUUUGGCAAUGUGCACAGGCUUGCUUACUGAACUGAACUUAUUGGAGUAGGCCCAAUUCUGGGCACAGUAGCAACAAAUAUAUAUGCAUGACUGGCUGUGCUUGCAUGUGUGGAAGAAUCUCUGUUUCCAUCCCUAGUUCAUUGCAGAUGUUUUCAUGUCUGUGGUAAAGCUUGUGGUACGUGAAAAACCCAAAGCAGCUGCAAGUGUGCACGCUUUUCAGUGCAGCCGUACCUUCAAGUGUGAUUCAGUUUGCAGUAGUUUUGUUUAUGCAGCAUAUAUGUUAACGCCUCUAGACUCAUGUAAUGCUCUGCUGAGGACAAACUGAGAAUGCGUUCAUAUGUACCGUCCUCCUCCCUGUCCUGUUGUCUGUCCAUAUUAAACUGACUCUCGUAGUUUGACUUUAUUAUCGUACAUCUAUUUGUUCACACAGCUGGAUGACACUUCAUCAGACAAAUUUGCUAAAGUGAAGUGAAAUAUGAAUAUAACCUUAGCUUUUACUAACCAUAUAAACUACGUAACAAUUUUAACAUCAAUAAAAUAUUUUGUUUGU